GUCCACGUGCCAAAUCCUCGUCAGCCGGCUCACGAGAACCUCAACUUCCCAAUCUUUGGUGUUCUCUCCGUCCUCUAUAUAUCAGCCACUGAAACCGCACUAUGGUUGUAGUGGUGGUCAGAGUGUCUUAAGAGUUCAAGCGUAGUCGUGAACAAGAAGAAGAUAAGCAACGAUGGCGUCAAGCUCUGCGACUCUGUUCAAAGCCUCGCCGGUGAAAUCCGACUGGCUUAAAGGACAGAGUCUCCUACUCCGUCAACCUUCCUCCGUCUCGCCUAUCCGCAGCCACGUGGCACCUUCCGCUCUCACCGUCCAUGCCGCCUCUGCCUACGCCGACGAGCUCGUCAAAACAGCUAAAACAAUCGCGUCUCCGGGACGCGGAAUCUUAGCGAUGGACGAGUCAAACGCGACUUGCGGGAAGCGUUUAGCGUCAAUUGGGCUAGAGAACACAGAGGCUAACCGUCAGGCUUACCGGACACUGCUUGUGUCGGCUCCAGGACUGGGACAGUACAUCUCCGGAGCUAUCCUGUUCGAGGAAACUCUCUACCAGUCCACCGUCGACGGCAAGAAAAUGGUCGACGUUCUCGUCCAGCAGAACAUCGUCCCUGGCAUCAAAGUCGACAAGGGUUUGGUGCCACUUGUUGGGUCUAACGACGAGUCAUGGUGCCAAGGACUUGACGGUUUAGCCUCUCGUACCGCUGCUUACUACCAGCAAGGUGCUCGCUUCGCCAAAUGGCGUACUGUUGUGAGCAUUCCAAAUGGACCUUCUGCUUUGGCUGUUAAAGAAGCAGCCUGGGGACUUGCCCGCUACGCCGCUAUUUCUCAGGUACAAUAUUUUUGUAAAACCGUUCUCAGGUACAACAUAUUGCUGUAUGUAUCUAUAAGUUUUAGCGUUUGCGUUCUGCAGGAUAGCGGUCUGGUACCGAUUGUGGAGCCAGAGAUUAUGUUGGACGGAGAACACUGCAUUGACAGGACAUACGAGGUUGCGGAGAAGGUCUGGUCUGAGGUCUUCUUCUAUCUCGCUCAGAACAACGUCAUGUUCGAAGGUAUCCUCCUGAAGCCAAGCAUGGUUACUCCUGGUGCUGAGUCCAAAGACAGAGCUACUCCCGAGCAAGUUGCUUCCUACACUCUCAAGCUCCUCCGCAACAGAGUUCCUCCCGCUGUUCCCGGAAUCAUGUUUCUGUCUGGUGGACAGUCCGAGUUGGAGGCGACCUUGAACCUGAACGCGAUGAACCAAGGACCGAACCCAUGGCACGUGUCCUUCUCCUAUGCACGUGCCUUGCAGAACACUUGCUUGAAGACAUGGGGAGGCAGAGAAGAGAACGUGAAGGCGGCUCAGGACACUCUCUUGACCAGAGCCAAAGCGAACUCGCUGGCUCAGCUCGGGAAAUACACAGGGGAAGGUGAGUCCGAGGAUGCCAAGGAGGGUAUGUUUGUAAAAGGCUACACCUAUUAAGCUAUUUUGUAUGAAAGGUUCCGUUUACCAAAACUCAAAACUUGAGCUUGAGCUUGAUUUUGGUGUUUGAGUUAUUAUAAUACUCUUCUUAUGUGACUAGUUUUGUUUUUUUUUUCAUCGUCGUUAAUAUUAUCGUUUUGUACUC